GAAUAUUCGUUUGUCAUGUUCUGUCAGUUAUAUUCGUAUAAAACACUGACGACUAGAUAAAUAUUGAUAUCCGUGUGAAAUUAAUGUUCAGAUACAUAUAAUGACCAUAUAUUAUUCUAUUUUAAGGACCUUAUCUCUUUAAGCUUUUUUAAGGUUUAAUGAGGCGGUGUCGAAAUUAUAAACAGUCACUUUUUAAAAUGGGAGUAAACCAGAAGGCAAAUUUUUGAAAAAUGACUGUUCAGUAUUUCUAGUAAUUGAUUAUUCUAGUAAUUAAGUUUGAACAAUGGGUGACCAUGAAGAAAAUCAAGAAAACGUUAUACCUAAACCUUUAGGAACCCUGCUAAAUCAUUUGGAAAUUUCUGUAUCAGAAUCUGAAAAACGCAUUACUGGAUCACUAAAUUUGAGAGAUUUUUACACGGUUUAUUUAAUUGAAGUGAAAAUAACAGAUCCUGAGUUUCAAAAAAAUGUUGGAAAAUUAACUACAGUUUGGCGAAGAUACACGGAAUUUGAACAGCUUCAUGAUUAUUUAGAGGUUACAUAUCCCUACAUUGUCAUUCCUCCUCUCCCUGAAAAGAAGGUUUUAUAUGGAUGGCAAAAAAUAUCCAACGAUACAUUUGAUCCAAAUUUUGUGGAUAGAAGAAGAGCUGGACUAGAAAAUUUUUUACUUAGGAUUGCAGCUCAUCCGAUAUUAACAUGGGAUAAGCAUUUUAUGGAAUUUCUGCAACAUGAGGAAGAUUGGAGAGAAUCCUAUAAAGCCAAUGGCUAUUUACAAAUGGUUGAAAACAAAUUCAAGAGCCUUAGCGUUUCGGUCAGACUUAAAAAACCUGAUCCAGAAUUUGAAUCGGUAAAAGAUUAUGGUGCUUCUCUUGUAUAUAAUCUUAAUAAUAUGCUUAAAGCUCGAUCAAGAGUUGCUGAAAAGCAAUACAAUGUUCAUAAGCUUCAUGCAAAUUAUGGACGCGUUUUUAGUGAAUGGAGUGCAAUAGAAAAAGAUAUGGGUGAUGCUUUACAAAAAACUGGACAUUAUUUAGAUUCGCUGGCAUCAAGUAUAGACGCAAAUCUUGAAGACGAGGAACUUUUAGCGGACCAAUUAAAAGAGUACUUAUUCUUUGCUUAUGCCCUACAAAACGUUUGUAGAAAUCAUGAGUUGUUGCAACUUCAACUGGAAGACGCCGAAGAUAACGUUUCCAAUAAAAAUGUAGAACGAGUUAGAGUUCAACAAGGAAAAACCGGAUUGAUGUCAAAGUUAUUCGGUGCAGUAGAUACUGAAGAGGUGCGAGAAUACAAAUUAAAUUCAUUAGAUCAACAAAUACAAGAGGGAGUUGCAGCAGUUGAUAAUGCCAAAGAAGGUAUAUGUGAUUUUACCAACAAAGCAAAAAGUGAUAUUGAACGGUUCCAAACCCAGAAAGUCUUAGAUCUCAGAGAUACUCUUAAUAAUUAUGCAUUCUUGCAGCUAAAGGUUUCCAGAAAGGGCCUCCAAACUUGGACUCAAAUACGUGACUGUCUACAAAGUAUUCCAUAAGCUUGAUAUUCUCACGUACUUAAAAAAACACUCAUAUUUUUACAACUUAUUGGAUUCCAAGAUUUUAAUGUACCUACAUAUCGUCUAUCUAAGGGGCACCAUAACAUAUCUCAAUUUCUGAGUCGAGCAUUAUUCUCAACUCAAAUUUUGAUAUAAGAUAAUAACUAAAGAAAAUAACUGAAGAAACUGCUCUUGAAAAGAAGUCCAUAGCACUGGAAUCUCUGUAUAACUAAAGAUAACAUUAUAUAUUUCAUUGUAUUGUCAGUACUUCUUGAUAAACAGGUUAUACAUCGAAAAAAUUAGAUAUUUACAAAGAAUGUCGGUUUAACUGUUCAAUAAAUCCAACCAAGAAUCGUUUUAUAAUUAUGCUAGAAAUUUGAGAUGUACAACCGAAUUUAUUUUGUGGGACAUAUUGGUAUGUGAUACCAAUUAUUAUAUAUUAAGUUAUUUUUUGCACUGAAAUCCUAGUUACUGGCCAGAAAUACUGAAGAUGCUAUUAACAGAACCUACAGUUAAGUUCGAGUUUUUGGAAUCUUUGAUGAUAUUUAUACUGAACACACUGUUUACACUAUCAUUACACCAACACUCACAAUUACAUUGUCUGAGUCGCGUUUCGAUAAUCAAGUUAUCGUCUUUUGUUCUAGUUCACCUUCAGUCUCUGAAAACGAUAACUUGAUUGUGGAAACACGAGUUAGACAGUAUAAUUGUGAGUGCUGGUGUAAUGAUAGUGUAAACAGUGUGUUUAGUAAGAACCUGAACGGUUUUCAAGGUUGGAUGUCAUUUAUUAUGAAUUUGUGGUUGUUGUACUUCUAAUUGUAGGUAAUCUUUGUUAACAUUGUUAUUACCAUAUUACCAUUUCCUUUUAUUUUAAUGAUAAUAAGUUCUUGUUCCAGAUACUUGCUUUUGCUAAUUUAGAAUGAUUUGAAAACAUUUUCUUUGACGUAUAGGACAAUUUUCCAAUUCUGCCAAUAUUUUGGUCCAUUUUGAAAUUAUUAACAUAUAACCACUUCCUGUUAUUUUCAUGAUCAUAGGCUCUUGUUUCUGAUAUUUGAUUUUGCUAAUUGUGAAAUGGCAGUGGUUUGGUGAGAAUGGUUCGAAAAUAUUUUCUUUGACACAUAGAAAUUUUCUGAUUCUGCCAAUAUUUUGAUCCAUUCUAAAAUUAUUGCCUUAUUACCAUUUCCUGCUAUUUUUAUGAUCAUAAGUUCUUGUUCCAGAUACCCAAUUCUGCUAAUUGUGAAACGGCAGUGAUUUGGAUUAGAAUUAUUUGAAAACAUUUUCUUUGACUUAUGGGAAAUUUUCAAUUCUACCGACAAAGGUUAUUUUUUUUCUACAGAUAUAAUUUAUUGUCAUGAAUAAUCUAUCAAUAUUAUUAGCAUAUGGCUUUGCCUGUCUGUAUGUUUUAUUCUACCAGUUGGACUAUCAUCAUUAACAUUUUAUUUUAAAAAUUUUAUAGCUGUUAUUUUAAGCCAAUCACAUGCCUCAACUUUGACAGGUUUCUAUAACAACAACCUGAAUUUUUCGAAAAUUUUUUUGGUCAAUUAACCUAGCUACUAUAGUAUAUUGUAUAACAAGUUUUGGAAAUGGAUGAUGUCACAUGAUUUUGCAGAAUUGAACAAACGAGUGUGAAAUCGAAUUUUCGAUACGUGUUUUACACGAUAUUUUUCUAACAACCACAGAAAAUGCAGUUAAUAUUUUUUUUUAAGCUUAUGAUAGAGUCACUACAGUUUUGAAAACAAAUUGGUUCUUGCAGACUGUUGUUGACUAUUUUAUUUCCGAUUGCAAAGUGAGAUUCUUUACAAUUAUAUAAUGAAUGGACCAAUAAUAAUGAAUCAUUUUUUUAUUAUUAUAGAACGUACAAUUAUUGGAAUCAUUUAUGAAACCUGUUAUCUGUCAAUGAGCUUGAGCUAGCUAUAAUGGUAGUGCACGAAAAGUUUUUUUAGGCUAGGCGCUUACAAAUAAUUUUCCAUCGAGUCAAAAUUGAUAAGCGUCAACGAUUUCACCACGACUUAACUAUUUAGUUGUGUAGAGUGCGCAAACUGAAAAUUAAUGAUUAAUCGAACAGCUCUGAUCAAUGAUCUUCUUUAUUUGGAGGAUGAAUAGGGAAAGAAUAUGGUAAAUUGAAGAAAUUAUUUUACGAAUUGGUACGCCCAUCCUGAGACGACUUCUCGACACAUCUCCUCUAUCAAUUUUUAUUAGAAAUAUCAUCCAGAUACGACUUCCAUGCAAACUUCCUCCCAUAUCUUUUUCUACGCUAUUAAUGAACUCCUCCGUCCGUGUCGUCUGCCAUGGUAACAAGAGACUUGACUUCGCUUCAAAUGCUUAUACGAGACUCGCAGUCGCGGAUCGAUUGUUUAGUCGACGGUCUGGUCUGCACACAUCAAUACAAUACGAUAGAAAUUGUGCCCUUGAUCGAUAGUUGUUCAACUUUUAAUAUAAAGCAAAUCGAUAAAGCUUUUUGACUUUUUUGUCGAGCAACUAUCGAGUUGACAGUAUUUGUGCUAAAAAUAUUAUUUUAAACAUAUGAUACACAACAAAACAAUUGUUCAAGUAAAAGUUGUAUGUAUGCGCUAUCCCUUAUUCCGGAAGUGGUUUUUGAAAUGUUAUUUAUCGUAUCAGCCGGGCACUUUUCCAACUUUUCUCCCAUUAGGUAUAUUCCUUCUUCUCUCUACCUCCCAUGAGUAGUUUGUAGAGGAACAGUUAUUUUCGUCUUCUGUACGGUAGAGAAAAAUGAUAUGUUGCUCCUUAGCCGACAAUAUAUUAUAAUGUUUUUGUUAUUUAUUUUAAUAUUUAUUGACGUUACUUUUUUUUCAUGCUUGUCUAAUAUUAAGGUUCACUAAAAUAUUCAAAUGAUGAUAUUCAAUAAAAAGUUCACACAAA